AGACAAUGGAAACUUCCUGUUUGCCAUAUGGGGAUGUGCUUUUGCUGCACCCGCGCAUGUGUGUGUGCAUUCUUUCAUUUCUCUUCAGCAGUAGCAAGCUGUCAUAGCCAGACUUUGUGGUGUGCCUUCCUCUUCAACUUGAGUCACGGACUGCGGAUCAAUUUCAUUUGACCUGAAUUCUGCUACUGUGUUUGCACAGAUAAAGUCACCCCGCAGGUUUAGUAACAGAACGCGUUAGAUUUUACAGCUGUGCAAUUGGGCAGAUGUGUUUGUAGACUAAUCCAAUUGCAAAAGAGCCAAGACAAACACAUUGAUUCCUCCAAGUGGAGAUGAAGACUUUCUGGCUGCACGCGACCCUCCUGCCCCUCUUCCUUUUAGGUAGCGCCCUCCCGGAAAAACAGAACCAGUGCACAGGUAGCACCCCACAAAUUCGGCGAGUGGUGGUCAAUGGCAACGUUUCUGUGCCUUGUCCCUGUUUUACAGGACAGGAGAUGUCCUUCACAUUGCACACGGGCGCAGAGAGUAUCACCGUGCACAGGAACUUCACUAAUGCAAAAGAGCUAAAUGAGAAAGAAAUGAAGAUUAGUCACCAUUUGACCGAGAACAACUGUACAGAGUUUGUCCUCUUCAAUGUGAUGGAGAAUGUGACGGGGCUGUAUGUCUGUGAGGCACAAAAGACCUACCCCCCUCCAAUACUGAAUUCCAAAGAAUGUCCACAAACCAUAGUGAUAGUGGAAGAAGAGCAUCAGCUACAGCGGUGUGAUAAUCCUGCCGAUCACCUCUCCCUUUGGGUGGGGCUUGGGGUGCUAACAAUGUACGGCCUGAUCAUCACUUAUGCUGCUUUUUCACUCAGGUCCCGGCUGACAAGAGUGGACUUUAACAAGCAUGAUUAUAUGAACAUGAAGCCCAAUACACGACGGAAAAACAGGAGGAUCAUUCUCCCGGUGCGGCAGAGCUGGAACAGCAAAAAAACAGAAAAAGAAAAAGACAAGUGCUCUACCAAACAAGUGCCGAAUUAAACUGAACUACACUGCCAUCUACUGAAACACUCGGGUGGGGGGUGAUACCCUGAGACAAGUGAACGGUCUGAGUCUGUUCUUUUGUAACUGUGCAGAUACUGUAGCAAAGCUGUAAGAUAAUGAUGGGCCUCUGGUUUUAUAUGUUUUCUUUCUGUGUGGCUUGAGAGUGAUCCCUCUGUAAUUUGUUAUGUCUUUGUUGAUAAUAAACAUGUGUAGGGAUAGUACAUGUUUCUCUGUCUCAGUCAAUAUAAUGGUGCUCUGGAAAAUGUUAUGUGGUUACCAGGCCUGUGCACAGACAUUGUGGAGGGCCUGAAUAUGAAUUAAACUUCAUUUCAUGUACAAUGUAUUGCCUAUCAUUGCUUAUAAGCUUAUCAUGUUUCAAACAUCAAGGAAACAAACAUAGAGUUCAGAGUUU